AUGGUGCACCUCUACGAGGUCGGGACAAGGGCCUGGCAGCCCGACCCGACGGAGGGUUGGGUAGCCUCCGAGCUCAAGGAGAAGAAUGUCGAUGGAGACAAGGUGUCCCUGGUGUUUGAGCUGGAGAAUGGCGAGUCCAAAACGGUCGAGACCACGCUGGACGAUUUGCAGCUCGACAACAACCCGAACUUGCCCCCGCUGAUGAACCCGGCCAUGUUGGAAGCGAGCGAGGACCUGACCAAUCUGUCCCAUCUGAAUGAACCUGCUGUCUUGCAGGCGAUCAAGCUCCGAUAUUCCCAGAAAGAGAUAUAUACCUACAGUGGCAUCGUCCUGAUCGCGACGAAUCCGUUCGCUCGAGUGGAUUCGCUGUAUGUCCCACAAAUGGUGCAAGUUUAUGCUGGGAAACAGCGCGCCUCGCAGGCGCCUCACCUAUUCGCCAUUGCAGAGGAAGCUUUUGCAGACAUGAUCCGCGACGGCAAGAAUCAAACGAUCGUGGUUUCGGGUGAAUCUGGUGCUGGCAAGACCGUGAGCGCCAAAUACAUCAUGCGUUAUUUUGCGACUCGCGAGUCUUCCGACCAACCCGGGAAAUACACUACCAGCCGGGCAGACGCAAUCAGCGAGACGGAGGAGCAAAUCUUGGCCACCAAUCCCGUCAUGGAAGCUUUUGGUAACGCCAAAACCACCCGAAACGAUAACUCUUCUCGAUUCGGUAAAUACAUCGAGAUCAUGUUCGACGAGCGGACGAACAUCAUUGGCGCUAAGAUUCGGACCUACUUGCUUGAGCGGUCGAGACUCGUGUUCCAACCCUUGAAGGAACGUAAUUACCACAUCUUCUACCAACUGGUGGCUGGUGCUACUGAGGAGGAGAAGCAGGGGCUGGGACUCUUGUCGAUCGAGGAGUUUGAGUACCUCAACCAAGGUGGAGCCCCAAUAAUCGAUGGUGUGGACGACAAAGCCGAAUUCGAUGCAACUCGCAAGUCCUUGUCCACCAUUGGUGUGCCCGGAGAGGCCCAGACUGAAAUCUUCCGUGUCCUCGCCGCUCUGCUACAUCUCGGCAAUGUCAAGAUUUCGGCCACUCGUACGGACUCUUCGCUCUCGCCAGAAGAGCCAUCUCUUGUGCGCGCCUGCGAGAUGCUUGGAAUCAAUGUCAAUGACUUUGCGAAAUGGAUCGUUAAGAAGCAGCUGAUCACUCGUGGUGAGAAAAUUACUUCGAACCUGACCCAGCAACAAGCGGUGGUUGUGCGGGACUCCGUCGCGAAAUUCAUUUACUCGAGUCUGUUCGAUUGGUUAGUAGACAAUAUCAACCGUGGCCUGGCCACUGAUGAGGUGCUCGACAAAGUCCAAACAUUCAUUGGUGUCUUGGAUAUUUACGGUUUCGAGCAUUUCGCCAAGAACUCCUUCGAGCAGUUCUGCAUCAAUUACGCCAACGAAAAAUUGCAGCAAGAGUUCAACCAGCACGUAUUCAAACUGGAACAGGAAGAAUAUGUGCGGGAGGAGAUUGACUGGACGUUCAUCGACUUUUCGGAUAAUCAACCCUGCAUCGAUCUGAUCGAAGCAAAGCUUGGUAUCUUGUCUCUUUUGGAUGAAGAGUCGCGGCUUCCCAUGGGCUCCGAUGAACAGUUUGUUACCAAGCUCCACCACCAUUUCGCCGCCGACAAGCAGCAAUUCUACAAGAAGCCCCGAUUCGGGAAGUCUGCCUUCACUGUUUGUCACUAUGCUGUUGACGUCACAUAUGAGUCGGACGGCUUUAUUGAAAAGAACCGUGACACUGUUCCGGAUGAGCAGUUGGACGUUCUGCGGAACUCGUCCAAUGGUUUCAUCAAAGAAAUCCUUGAGACCGCUGCAGCUGUUCGUGAAAAGGACUCCGCUGCGGUUUCGUCCAAACCAGUCGCAGCCCCCGGGCGCCGAAUUGGCGUCGCGGUCAAUCGCAAGCCUACGCUCGGAGGGAUCUUUAAAUCGUCGCUGAUCGAGCUGAUGCACACCAUCAAUUCCACCGAUGUGCAUUACAUCCGCUGUAUCAAACCAAACGAAGGCAAAGAGGCUUGGAAGUUCGAAGGGCCUAUGGUUCUCAGUCAGCUGAGAGCUUGUGGUGUCUUGGAGACUGUCAGAAUCAGUACUGCUGGUUACCCCACUCGCUGGACAUAUGAAGAGUUUGCGAUCCGUUAUUACAUGCUCUGCCAUUCCUCCCAGUGGACAUCACAGAUCCGCGACAUGUGCCACGCCAUCUUGCGGAAAGCGCUUGGAGAUGCCAAUCACCAAAAGCAAGAUAAGUAUCAGCUGGGUCUGACGAAGAUCUUCUUUCGGGCCGGCAUGCUUGCCUUCCUGGAAAAUCUGCGGACUUCCCGGUUGAACGAGUGUGCGGUGAUGAUCCAGAAGAAUUUGCGAUGCAAAUACUAUCGGCGCCGUUAUCUCGAGGCCCGCGAGUCCAUCCUCACCACGCAGGCUUUCGUCCGGGGAUUCCUGGCGAGGCAGCGUGCCGAAGGAAUCCGCCAGGACAAAGCGGCUACCACGAUUCAGAGGGUAUGGAAGGGCUCGAAAGAUCGGAAGCAGUAUACCAAAACCCGCAACGAUCUCAUUCUGUUCGAGUCUAUUGCCAAGGGUUUCCUUUGUCGCCGAAACAUAAUGGACUCCAUCCACGGCAAUGCCGCCAAAGUCAUCCAGCGUGCUUUCCGCUCGUGGCGCCAAUUGCGUUCGUGGCGUCGGUAUCGCCGACAGGUUGUCAUUGUUCAAAAUCUUUGGAGAGGUAAACAGGCUAGAAAGGCCUAUAAAACGAUUCGGGAGGAAGCUCGGGAUCUCAAACAGAUCUCUUACAAGCUGGAGAACAAGGUGGUGGAAUUGACCCAGCAUUUGGCGUCGCUGAAGCGCGAGAACAAGUCCCUCGUCUCGCAGUUGGAGAACUACGAAACUCAAGUCAAGUCAUGGAGAAACCGACACAACACGUUGGAGGCUCGCGCAAAGGAGCUUCAGGCCGAAGCCAACCAGGCCGGUAUUACGGCGGCUCGGUUGGAAGCUGUCGAGGAAGAGAUGAGCAAGUUGCAGCAGAGCCAUACCGAGGCCCAAGCUACCAUCAAGCGUCUCCAAGAGGAAGAGCGGGCUUCACGCGACGCUGUGCAGGCCACCAAUGCCGAAUUGGAGCGUCUCAAGCUGCUUAAUGGUGACCAUGAAAAGGAGAAGUCUGCCCUCCGCCAGCGUGUCUCCGAGCUUGAGGAGCAGCUUGAGGUUGCCAAGCGGUCUGUGCCGGUCAACGGCCUUAAUGGUGAUCUCCAGAAUGGCGUGCCGCAGAACCCUGCUCCCGGCCUGAUCAACCUUGUUUCUUCCAAGAAGCCCAAGCCAAAGAGACGUAGUGUGGGUGCUGAAAAGGUCGACACUGGUCGCUUCAGCGGUGCAUACAAUCCCCGCCCGGUAUCGAUGGCAGCUCCUGGCACUCUCGCUCGCGCGGGUACUGAGGGCGCACCCGGCGCUGACUCGGUCGAGUAUGAACUCGAAGAUCUGCUCUCGGCGGAGGAGGAUCUGAACGAGGAGGUCACCAUGGGCCUGAUCCGCAAUCUGAAGAUUCCCCCUCCCAGCUCCACCCCGCCACCCACCGAGAAGGAGGUCCUGUUCCCUGCCUACUUGAUCAAUCUGGUGACCUCGGAAAUGUGGAACAAUGGCUUCGUAAAGGAAUCCGAGCGGUUCCUGGCCAAUGUCAUGCAGUCUAUUCAACAAGAGGUCAUGCAGCACGAUGGGGACGAUGCGAUCAACCCUGGGGCAUUCUGGCUGUCGAAUGUACAUGAGAUGCUUUCAUUUGUCUUCCUGGCCGAGGACUGGUAUGAAGCACAAAAGACCGACAAUUAUGAGUAUGACCGUCUGUUGGAGAUUGUGAAGCACGACUUGGAGAGUCUGGAGUUCAACAUCUAUCACACGUGGAUGAAGGUCCUGAAAAAGAAGCUGUACAAGAUGAUCGUCCCGGCUAUCAUCGAGUCGCAAUCUCUGCCGGGCUUCGUCACCAGUGAGAGCAACCGGUUUUUGGGCAAGCUCCUCCCUUCAAACAACAACCCGGCGUACAGCAUGGAUAACCUCCUGAGUCUCUUGAACAAUGUGUUCAAGGCUAUGAAAGCAUUCUACCUGGAGGACACCAUUGUCACGCAGACGGUCACCGAGCUUCUGCGCCUUGUAGGAGUCACCGCUUUCAAUGACCUUCUCAUGCGGCGGAACUUCCUGUCCUGGAAGCGUGGUCUCCAGAUCAACUACAACAUCACUCGUAUCGAGGAAUGGUGCAAGAGUCACGAUAUGCCAGAAGGGACGCUGCAGCUGGAGCACUUGAUGCAAGCUACCAAGCUACUUCAGCUGAAGAAGGCCACUUUGAAUGACAUUGAGAUCAUUCAGGACAUCUGCUGGAUGCUCUCUCCCAACCAAAUCCAGAAGCUCCUGAACCAGUACCUUGUCGCUGACUAUGAGCAACCGAUUAACGGUGAAAUUAUGAAGGCUGUUGCGUCCCGGGUGACGGAGAAGAGCGAUGUGCUUCUGUUGACCCCGGUGGACAUGGAGGACAGCGGCCCGUACGAGAUCGCCGAGCCCCGUGUCAUCACGGCGCUGGAGACCUACACUCCGUCCUGGCUUCAAACGCCGCGGCUGAAGAAACUGGCGGAGAUCGUGUCUGCGCAGGCGAUGGCGCAACAAGAGAGGCUCGAGCUGGAGAAUGGGGCGGUCGAGGAAUAG